CCAUACUAAUACUUUUUUCUUUACACAGCCAGUAUGCAAAGAUUGUGUGUUUAUGAAAGAAAGCUCUGCACAAAAAAUAAAGCAGCUUCUGAAUAUGAAGUCUUUAUUGUUGUUGUUGAAUAAAAGCAAACGUUGUGCUUGUCACUACAUCAUUGAAUAUUCAGCAUAGGAUUGCUCAUCACAGCGUUUUGGUUCUAGUUUUCACUCCUCUCGGUCUUGUGCCCAGUAACCUUCUAUCCUGAAGACUCGAAACGACCACAGAGAUGGAUUUGCUAGCGCUGGCUGUUUACAUUGUAACCUUCCUUACAGGACUGCCAUCAAAUGUGCUGGCGCUGUAUGCCUUCAGCUUGAAGGUGCGACUCAAACCCCUUCCUAUCGACAUCCUCUUGAUCAACCUGACAGUCUCAGACCUCAUCUUCCUGCUCUUUCUGCCCUUCAAAAUGGCCGAAGCCUUCUAUGACCAGCAGUGGGUCCUGCCCAACUUCCUCUGUUCCCUGAGCGCGUUUAUCUUCUUCUCAACCAUCUACAUAAGCACUCUCUUUCUGACAGCAGUGAGUGUUGACAGGUACCUUGGAGUGGCCUACCCCUUCACGUACAAGAAGAAACGUCACCCGCUGUAUGUCAUCAUGGUCUGCAUCUUCAUCUGGAUCUUCUCCUCUGCCCACUGCAGCAUUGUCUACAUAACAGAGCACUUCCGACCAGAGAACGCAUCUGAUAAUUACUCAUUGUGCUACGAUGACUUCACAGAGGAACAGCUGGCCAUACUUCUCCCUGUUCGUAUCGAGUUGUGCGUUGUCCUCUUCUUCAUCCCCCUUAUAAUCUCAGCCUUCUGCUAUUUGAAUUUCAUCCACAUCCUCAACACCCUGGCCAACAUCAACCAUAAAAAGAAACAGAGAGCUAUUGGCCUGGCCUUGGGAACUCUACUCGUGUUCAUCCUCUGUUUUCUCCCCUACAACAUCACUCAUAUAGUAGGUUACAUCCAUAGGAAAAGCCCCAAGUGGCGUAGGUUUGUGCUCCUUCUCAGCACAUUCAAUGCUUGCUUGGAUCCCAUCAUCUUCUACUUCUCUUCUUCUGCUUUCCAAGAAACCUUCAAAAAGUUUUUUUUUAUUCAACUGAUAAGAAGGAAAUAGAAGAAAAACUAAACUCUUGUAGUUUAUAGUACGUUGGGCCUCCUUUAGAGAGACUUCAACACAAACCGGGUUAUCUGUGACCUUAUGUACUGUAACAGGCCCAAUACUGAAAGAGACCUGAUUUUUGGUCAAGUGAGUGGAUAUUGUUUUAAAGCCACCUUUUAAUUGUAUCACCUUAUAAAUUAAAAGAUUGAGAGGGGAUGUAGGAAAACUGUUGUAUCAGUAGCACAAUAUCAAAUCCAAUUUGUCACUAUUUCCUAUGAGGUUGUGUUAUCUUGCUUUAAGUGAGCAUGGUUUUCCAUGUUUUAGUAAACACUUUUUUGCACUAAAACAUUUGUUGGCCUAGAGUGAAUAGUACUAUGAAUUCCAGAAUUGUCUUAACUCACAAUGAUUUUAUGGGGGGUUUGGAUUGUGUAAUGAAGACUUCUGUAUUCUAUUCUGUCUUAAAUUAACUUAGUAAAUAAGCACAUUUGUAUAAAAUCCCUAUAUAUUUGAACAGUAAUAUUUUUUUUAAUUGGCAGUUGAAGGAAAUAAAUACAAAAUUUAUCUUUGACAAGAAUGAAUACAACUUCUAAAUUACCAUAUGGUGACACUUCCAAACAAAAUAAAUAAAUUGAAAAUGUGUAGCACACACAGUGUAUUCCAGUUGGCAAUAUAAUACUUCACCACUUUUGAGGAAAACGACAACGACAGUCGUGAGAACAGUUAUUUAAUUCACAGAUCCCAUCCAGUUUUUUGGUGAAGGAAGCCAGGAAGUCAGUUUCAACUGCAGGGUCGCGUUCCCUGUCCAGGACUCCCACAGCCCUUCAUAUAAGAAAGUUCUGACUGUUCUCAGGAUUAAAAAACACUUCAACUUG